GCAAGGGAGGGAGAGAGGGAGUGGGAGGAGGAGGAGGAGGAGAGGGAGCCCAACGACCAUUUAAAGCGAUAGCAAUCCCUGCCCUCUCCCCAGUGCUUGGCUGUUGGAGAGCGCGAGCCGCUAGCCGGGAGCGCAAGCUCGGCGCACGGGCCAGCAGAGCCACAGCGCCAGGUGCCCAAGGCUAGCUGGCGCCCUGGGACCCCCCACCCUCUCCCGCUGCACCUCCUCCGGCUCCUCCACCCUCUGUGCCUACAGAAGUCCCCGGGCUUCCCCCAAAGGAGCUCACCUCGAGAAGCCCGGACUUAGGAGAACCCACCAGCAUUCCCUCCAGCGCCGCCGCCGCCACCGCAGCAGCAUCCGGAGGAGCGGCAUGGUCCAGCUGGGGAAGCUGCUCCGUGUCCUGACUUUGAUGAAGUUCCCCUGCUGCGUGCUGGAGGUGCUCCUGUGCGUGCUGGCGGCGGCGGCGCGCGGCCAGGAGAUGUACGCCCCGCACUCGAUCCGGAUCGAGGGGGACGUCACCCUUGGGGGGCUGUUCCCAGUGCACGCCAAGGGUCCCAGCGGAGUGCCCUGCGGCGACAUCAAGAGGGAGAACGGGAUCCACAGGCUGGAAGCUAUGCUUUAUGCCCUAGACCAAAUCAACAGCGAUCCCAACCUGCUGCCCAACGUAACGUUAGGCGCGCGGAUCCUGGACACUUGUUCCAGGGACACUUAUGCGCUCGAACAGUCGCUCACUUUCGUCCAGGCGCUCAUCCAAAAGGACACCUCCGACGUGCGCUGCACCAACGGCGAGCCCCCGGUUUUCGUCAAGCCAGAGAAAGUAGUUGGAGUGAUUGGGGCUUCGGGGAGCUCCGUCUCCAUCAUGGUAGCCAACAUCUUGAGGCUUUUCCAGAUACCUCAGAUUAGUUAUGCAUCCACGGCUCCCGAGCUUAGUGAUGAUCGGCGCUAUGACUUCUUCUCUCGAGUUGUCCCACCUGAUUCCUUUCAAGCUCAGGCCAUGGUAGACAUUGUAAAGGCCUUGGGCUGGAAUUAUGUGUCUACCCUUGCAUCUGAAGGAAGCUAUGGAGAGAAAGGCGUGGAGUCCUUUACACAGAUUUCCAAAGAGGCAGGUGGGCUCUGCAUUGCCCAGUCCGUGAGAAUCCCCCAAGAGCGCAAAGACAGGACCAUUGACUUUGAUAGAAUUAUCAAACAGCUCUUGGACACCCCCAACUCCAGGGCCGUCGUGAUUUUUGCCAACGAUGAGGAUAUAAAGCAGAUCCUUGCAGCAGCCAAAAGAGCUGACCAAGUGGGUCAUUUUCUCUGGGUGGGGUCAGACAGCUGGGGAUCAAAAAUCAACCCACUGCAUCAGCAUGAAGAUAUCGCAGAAGGAGCCAUCACCAUCCAGCCUAAGAGAGCAACUGUGGAAGGUAUGUGCUUUGUCAGCAGUGAAGUGUGUGGAGGGGGGCUAUGUGCUGUUAGGUGACCCAAACUGAAGUCUUUGGGGAGUUUCAUGUUUGUACAGGAUUUAGAGGGUGUGUUUUCCAGAGUGGAGUGAUGGAGUGCAAAUGAAGCUGUACACCUGUUCUGUUCCCUUUGUUGACAAGCCUCUUUUGUAGAGAUUAUAUUAUUUCAUGGUAAUGUUGCAAUUAACAUAGAUUCUUUUCUCACUCCGAAGAGCUUUCUGAGAAGAGAUCAUCACCAUUACUAAGAACUGAAACAAUGACACAUCCAAGUGUCUGUGCAACAACACUGCAUUUUUAGAGAGAAUAUUUUCCCUUUGUAAUUUACCCUGUGCAUCUUAGCAUGACAAGCAUAAGGAUAGCAUUCCUGUUACCUCUUGUGAUCCCUCCAGAGGCUGUGAGUGAGUCAGGGACAUGACCCUUUGCAGAUACCAGCAUUGCCUCCCUUUCUCAGUAUUCCCUUGCUUUCUUACAUUUCUGCCAUCUCCCUUUUUUGUUUUUCCUUCUUUGCUCUUAAAAAGACUUUGAGGGCGGGCAUUAAAGUGAUGUUACUUGCUAUUCCCAUACUCUAACUGAAUAUAUUGGUUUCAAUUAAUUCUUUCUUUAAUGUGCAAAGAAAGGUUCUGUCUAAAUGGAAACACUAUGUGAAGAAAAACAAACUCCUCUGCUGAUAACCUGCUUUCUGUUUCCUUUUUGGUGAAUUGUGUCUCCAAAGGUUUUCUCAAGUUUGCUUUGCACAUCACACUGAACUCCAUCCUUUUACCAAGGGAACCAAAUAUUUGCACUUCUUUCUAUUUUUCUUUCUGUUCCAAUAUAAUUAAUUAUUCUCUCCAGAAGACUACAGGGUCUGUAUAGAUUUUCUGAAACAAAUCGGGUUGUGCCUCUAUCUGUCACUGGUCUUUUUCUAUGUUAUCUUGAGGAGAUAACAAUCCCCUGGGUCACUUCUAUGUUUUCCUUGGGAGGCUUUGAGUUAAUUUAUUCCCCUAAAACAUGCCCAGAGCCAAUCACCAAUCUUACAAAACAGGUCACUGAAUUUACAGAUGUGCUGCAAUAGUAACGGAUGGAAUUUUUUAAUGAUCUCUACUCCUCUUCACUUAAAAAUGUGUGAAUUUGUUCUGUGCUACAAGUCAAAUAAACAAAAUAUGGGGAAAUCUCAUAUCCUGUCUCUCUGAGCAUCCAGAUUUGGAUGAAACAGUCAGAAAGAAGCUAAUGAGAGCAGACUAUGGAAACUGAUCUGUGCUCUAGAAUAGCAAGUAAAGCAGGUUGAGUAGAUGUUAUCCUGUAGGUAUGACACAGUGCUUGAGAGGACUUCUUAUGGGAGGUUAUGUAGUAACUGAUGGCUGAGAGCAAACUGGGUGGACAGUGACGUGUGAGAGAUGUGGACUAAAGAGCAAAGGGGCAAACACAGUGAGGCAGUUGCCUAGUGAUUCCUGAAGUAAUUCUACACCCCCACCUUAUUGAACUCAUCAUAUUCUGCUCAACAUUUUCCUGUUUACAAGACACUAGGAAGACUCUACGCUCCCCUGGAGUAUAGUCAUUAUCAUACUAUUUGGUUGACUAACUUCUAUUGACCCUUAGGUAUUUCCUUGAAUAUUAAUUUGGCAUGGAAGUUUUCUACACUCAUUGCUUCUGCUCACUGUAAGAAAUACCUGUGGUAACAUAAAGGGAAUGGGUUUAUUACAUUUCAUGGGCUUAGAGGUUUCAGUCAGGGUUUGAUUGUUUCCUUUGUUCUUGAUUUGAGAUGAGAACAUUAUGGUGGAAGUAUGAGGUAAAUAACACUUGCUAUUAUGCAAAUGAAAGAUAGGGAUGCCUGGUACCCUGAAGUUCUCUUUAUGGGCAUACUUACAGUGACCUUCAAUCUUCUCGAUAGGAAUUACUUAUUGACUUUUUUUUUUUUUUGAUCAUUUUU